UGUCAGAAAACGCAGUCAGCCAUUGACGACGUAUUUAGACAAUUAGAUGAAGCGGCUGCAGAAGCAACAAUAGAACAACAAAACACUGGUUGGUGCAAUUACAAAAUGAAAGGUAGCAGAAAAACGCUCGUUAAAAUACAGCACGACAUGAUCUUGGAGAGGGAUACGUAUGAUCAAGUUUUCAGCAAAAGCAACGAUUCUGAAGAAGAAUUAAAUUCAUGUCUCGCACAAAGCUCUGAUAAGGAAAAGUAUAAACGCGACAACGAUAAUCAGUACCGUAACGUUGCGAACUAUGUAUUCCGAAGUAAGAGAUAUGCUGCGAAGGAAGACAAACGCUGGCCUAGGAAAAUUAUACAUUACAACAUAUCAGAAUUUGAUCACAAAGGUCGUGAAAACAUUUUAGAAGCAAUGAGGGUUUGGAGCAAGUACACAUGCUUGAAAUUCACGGAGCGAGCGCACGAGUUCGAUUACAUUAACAUCGUUCCAUCGGAUGUGUGUUAUUCCAGUGUUGGAUGCAGGCGUGGUCCUCAAUUCAUAAGCCUGAACAAUAACAGCUGUAUGGAUAUCCCUAUCAUCCUGCACGAGCUGGGUCACGCAAUUGGCCUGUACCACGAACACUCACGGCCAGACAGAGAUAAAUUUGUGUUUGUGCAUUACAAUAAUAUAACCAAGAAUAUGUCGCAUGAAUUCGACAAGAUUGAUCCUAGAGAGUAUGUUAAUUUUAACAAACCGUAUGACUACCGCAGCAUCAUGCAUUACAGCAAAAGAGCUUUUGCAGCCAACCCCAACGGUAUUACGCUGGAGACUAUAGAUGAGGAUUAUGCCGAUAUAAUUGGAAAGGCAACGGUUCUCAGUUUUUAUGAUGUAAUGCUCGUCAACGCCAUGUACAACUGUUCCGAGGACUGCACAAAUAAAACCUGUCCGGACAAAGGGUUUCUUACAGAAUCGUGUGACUGUUACUGUCCGAGUAAUUCUACAAAUGAAACAUGGACAAAAUGUCCAGGCGAACCGCGAUGUCCCACCAUAACUUUGGAUAACGGAAAAGUGACUUACUCCGGAAAUAGGGAAGUAUAUACCUUGGCAUUUUUUAGCUGCAGCGACAAUUUUGACUUAAGUUCUGUAACAAAUACAGAAUGCGAAAAGAACCAGGAAUGGGUAGAAAUACCGAAGUGUAUACCUCGUUUGAAGCCAUGGGUACCUGCCAAUGGAUUCACAGAAACCAAAGCUUCGGCUUUGGUCAAGAAUGGAGAAAGCUAUAACGCAUACUGUAAUAACGGGUUCUUGCUGGCGAACACUACGACUGAAAAAUUCUUAGUUGGUGAUGUCAGAACACUUAGAGUCAAGAAUGAGUUGGGGAAAUUUACAUUGAUUUCUAGCACCUUCAAAGAAUACACCCAUCUGGAAUGCAGGGAUGUUCGGGCAAAGCAGUGGCAACCAAUAAAUGGAUUUGUAGAUAUUAAAAAGAAUCCACUGUUUCAUACUGAAACAUAUAAUGCGAUAUGUGAUGACGGAUUCUUGUUUGUUAAUACUUGGAACGAUACAUUCCUGGCUCGUGGUAUCAGUUCACUGGGGGUCUUGAAUGACAGGGGGAAACUUACAGUGAUUUAUUUCCCAAAUCUAGCUUACACCUCUCUUGAAUGCAAGGACGCUCGUUUGAAUCAAUGGGUACCUGCCAAUGGAUUCACAAACAACACAGCUUUGGUCAAGAAUGGAGAAACCUAUAACGUAUACUGCGAUAACGGGUUCUUGCUGGCGAGCACUACGACGGAUAAAUUCUUGGUUGGUGUUACAACACUGAGAAUCAAGAAUGAGUUGGGGAACUUUAAAUUGAUUUCUCACCCCUACACAGACUACACCACUAUGGAAUGCAGGGAUGUUCGGGCAAAGCAGUGGCAACCAAUAAAUGGACGUGUAGAUAUUAAAAAGAAUCCACUGUUUCAUACUGAAACAUAUAAUGCGAUAUGUGAUGACGGAUUCUUGUUUGUUAAUACUUGGAACGAUACAUUCCUGGCUCGUGGUAUCAGUUCACUGGGGGUCUUGAAUGACAGGGGGAAUCUUACAGUAAUUUAUUACCCAAAUCUAGCUUACACCUCUCUUGAAUGCAAGGACGUUCGGAAAGAACCUUGGUCACCAAUCCAUGGGUAUGUUAAUACAACGGCUAAUCUGGUGCAGCAUGGUCAAACUUACAACGCAAUCUGUGACGACGGUUUCUUUUUCUUCAAUAAUAAAAGAAACAGAUUCGUGUACAUGACUCAAGUUGUUUCGUCACUGAGAGUCGAUAAUGAAAUGGGUGUACUUAAAGUUAAAGUAUCUUCAAACCAAUACAUCCUGACCAAUAAUUUAGCGUGCAAAGAUGCCCGUUGUAAAGCACCCACGGUUGAAAACGGUAAAUUGGUUUAUCAGGCACAUUUUAAUUCACGGGAAUCAGACUUUAAAGAAAACUACACGAAACAUGGAUCUAAGGUUGUUAUAAAAUGCAACGAUGGAUAUGAGCUGCUCAAUGAGACGAGCGGACUAUUGCUAAAAUCCAAUAAAAUCAGUAUAGCAUGCAAGAAGGGAAAAUUUUUUCCCGACACUAUUCCAAGAUGUAUAAUUCGUAUUUGA